AUGGAUCUAGCGUACAUUCCCGAAGACUUAUCCAGCUGCCCCAAAUUUGGGAAUAAAUCCUGUCCGCCCACCAGCCGCUCUUUUCGUGUCCGUGUGAUAAUGUACUCGUUUAUGACCGGAGCCAUGGUGAUCACCAUCUUUGGGAACUUGGUCAUCAUGAUUUCCAUAUCACAUUUCAAACAGCUCCACUCUCCCACCAACUUCCUGAUCCUCUCCAUGGCAACCACGGACUUCCUGCUGGGCUUUGUCAUCAUGCCUUACAGCAUGGUGAGAUCAGUGGAGAGCUGCUGGUAUUUCGGGGAUGGCUUUUGCAAAUUCCACGCGAGCUUCGACAUGAUGCUGAGCCUGACCUCCAUAUUCCACCUGUGCUCCAUCGCCAUCGACCGAUUUUAUGCGGUGUGUUAUCCUUUGCACUACACCACCACCAUGACGGUGUCCAUGAUCAAGAGGCUGCUGGCUUUUUGCUGGGCGGCCCCUGCUCUUUUUUCUUUUGGCUUAGUUCUAUCAGAGGCUAAUGUGUCCGGUAUGCAGAGUUACGAGAUUCUUGUGGCGUGCUUCAAUUUCUGUGCACUUACGUUCAACAAGUUCUGGGGGACAAUACUGUUCACUACCUGCUUCUUCACGCCUGGCUCCAUCAUGGUUGGCAUUUAUGGUAAAAUUUUUAUUGUUUCCAAACGACAUGCUCGAGCCCUCAGCAACAGACCCGAGAACACAAAAGGAGAAGUAAGAAAAAACCUGUCUAAGAAAAAGGACAGGAAAGCAGCUAAGACCCUGGGCAUCGUCAUGGGGGUAUUUCUAGCAUGUUGGUUGCCUUGCUUUCUGGCUGUUUUGAUUGACCCGUAUUUAGACUACUCCACGCCCAUCAUAGUGCUUGAUCUUCUGGUAUGGCUUGGGUACUUCAACUCUACUUGCAACCCCCUCAUCCAUGGCUUUUUCUAUCCGUGGUUUCGCAAAGCUCUUGAGCAUAUAGUGUCAGGAAAAAUAUUUCGCUCCAAUUCAGAAACUACAAAUCUCUUUCCUGAAGCGCAUUAA